AUGGAGCACGCGAGGCCACCGCAGGAAUUAAAUAUGGAGGGCGGUCCCGUUAGCAGGGCCGAUGCGUGGAAGCGGUGGAGACAGCAAUUCAAUCUAUUUGUGAAGGCAUCCGGGGUGAAGAGUGAGUCCUCUGGAGUGCAGGCCAGUCUACUUGUCAACCUCAUCGGCCCCGAGGGUUUCGACGUUUACCAAACUUUUUCAUUUGAAAACGACAAAGAUAAGGAUGACGUGAACGUAAUAAUAAAAAAAUUUGACAAGUACUUUGGUGCCAAAAUCAACAUAACGUUGGUGAGAUACAAGUUCUUUACGCGGAAUCAAGACGACGGGGAGUCGAUUCAAACGUACGUGACUGCGUUGCGUUUGCUAAGUAAGGAUUGCGAGUUCGGUACUCUGCAAGAAGAGUUGAUUAAGGAUCGCAUCGUAUGUGGUGUUCGGAAUCCCACUGUGAGAGAUAGGUUACUGAGAUGUGAAGAUCUCGACCUGGAUAAGGCGAUCAAGCUGUGUCAAGCCGAGGAGGUGUCUCAAGAAAGCGGGAGGCAGUUGUGUGUAAAUAGUGAGUGUUCAAGUGCGGCACAUGUGCACGGUGUGGAGAGGCGCGCGCGGCCUGAGCGGCGCGGCGGCGGCGGUGGGCCGAGCGCGGGCUGGCGCGGGCGCAGAGCAGGCGGCGCGCGGCCCCCGGCUCCGCUUCGCGAGUGUGCUGGCUGCGGCGGCAGCGGCGCGCGCUGUUCUACCCGGUGUCUUCCCGGCAAAUAUCAUAUCGUAGUCGAUCAGUCCGUGCCGCCUGUCAUAUGCGCAAGUAGAAAAAUACCGUUAAGUUUGAAAGACCGCUUAUUGGAGGAGCUGAGAAAAAUGGAACAAUUAGGGGUAAUUAGAAAAGUCACACAUCCAACUCAAUGGGUCCACCCUCUAGUGAUAGUGGCAAAAAAGGACGGCGGCAUACGCGUGUGCCUCGACCCGCGUGAGUUAAACGUCGCAGUGCAACGCGCGCACUACCAGCUGCCCACGCUGGCGGAGUUGGCGGCGCGUCUCCAUGGCGCCGCAUACUUCUCCGUGCUCGACGCCAACUCUGGCUUUUGGGUCGUGCAGCUUGACGACGAGAGUGCCGACUUGUGCACGUUCGCCACACCAUUUGGCCGCUAUCAGUUUUUGCGCUUGCCAUUCGGUAUUAAUUGUGCUUCGGAAGUCUUUCAUGGCAAAAUACGUCAGCUGUUGGAAGACCUUGAUGGGGUUGAUAAUUUUAUCGAUGACAUCAUCGUAUGGGGAAAAACGAGGAGCGAACACGAUGAGAGAUUAGGCAUGCUUCUAGAAAGAGCUAGAACAAUUAAUCUUAAGUUCAACAAAGCGAAGUGCAGAAUAGGAUUAAAAGAAGUCACAUAUCUUGGGCACAUAUUUGACGCCAAUGGAAUGAGGCCCGAUGACAAUAAGGUCAGGGCGAUAAAGGAGAUGCCUCCGCCAAACGACAGAAAAAGUUUGGAGAGGUUCCUAGGAGCUGUAAAUUAUUUAUCGAAAUUUAUACCGAACUAUUCACAACGAGCAAUACCCCUUACGAAUUUGCUUAAAAAAGAAAAUAGCUGGCGGUGGGAACAUAGCGAACAGAAAGCAUUCACAGAAUUAAAGGAAGCGGUAGGAGGCGCAGACGUGUUGGCGUUAUAUGACGUGGCGGCACCGGCCCUGUUGUCGGUGGACGCGUCGCGUGAUGCGCUGGGUGCCGUGUUGUUGCAAGGGGGCCGCCCCGUCGAGUUUGCGUCCCGCACGCUCACGGACGCACAGCGUCGAUACGCGCAAGUGGAAAAAGAGCUCCUAGCCAUUGUAUUCGCUUGUGAAAGAUUCCACCAAUAUAUAUUUGGCAAAGAAAAGGUUAUUGUGGAAUCCGAUCACAAGCCCCUCGAGAGCAUUUUCAAAAAACCGUUAAUGUCUGUACCAGCACGCUUGCAGCGCAUGAUGUUGCGAUUACAACACUAUGACCUGGUCGUUCAGUACAAGCCGGGAAAGUACAUGUAUAUUGCGGAUACAUUGUCUCGUGCGCCGUUGCCCGAUCUAUACAGCGAAGAAGUUCAUAAAAACAAUUUGUAUCAGAUACAGUUAAUAGUAAAUAGUUUACCAAUGUCGAACGACAAACUAUCAAUGAUCAAAAAGGAGACUAAACGUGAUUCUGAAUGCCCAUCUCACACGAAUUUAAUCAAAUCCAUCAGAAACCUGGAAUCAAAUCCCCUGGACUGCACAUGUCACCUGUGGUGGUUGGCGUCAUGGCUGCGCACGCGCCGCUUAUCGCCCGGAGCUUCGUGCGGCUCGCCUGCCAACCUGAGAGCCGCCAAUUUGCACCACUUAGAUCAGAGCGAUUUCAAGUGCACACCGGAUGACAAAGGCUGCCUGUCCGCCGACUACUGCCCCUCUGCGUGCACCUGCACAGGCACCGUGGUGCGCUGCGCCCGCGCACAACUCACGCAGCUGCCGCACAACAUUCCCCGCCAGACCACCGAGCUAUAUCUGGAAUCAAAUGAUAUAACAAGUAUAUCACCAGAACAAAUUCGCCAUCUCACGCAGCUAUCUCGCUUGGAUCUGUCCAAUAAUAAAAUAUCCGUGCUCUCUAACAACACCUUCGAAGGACUCACAAAGCUCUCCACGUUGAUCGUCAGCUAUAAUAAACUCAGAUGUGUACAGAGAGACGCUCUCAAAGGCCUAACCCAACUCCGUGUGCUGUCCCUCCACGGGAACAACAUUUCAAUGCUGGCUGAUGGAGUCUUCAGGGACUUGGAAUCUAUUUCUCACGUUGCCCUCGGCUCCAAUCCUCUGUACUGCGAUUGCAACGCGCGCUGGUUGUCGGAGUGGACGAAGACCGCUGGUGAAUACGUGGAACCAGGCAUCGCACGCUGCGCAGACCCUGCACCAAUGAAGGACAAACUCAUCUUGAGCACGCAAUCUAGUGCGUUCGUCUGCAAAGGUGGCCCGCCGGCCGAGAUCCUGUCGAAGUGCGACCGCUGCUACAACAAUCCGUGCCUGAACGGCGGCGCGUGCGCAGCCACGCGUUCGGGAGGCUUCGUGUGUUCCUGCGCCAGAGGAUUCCACGGCGACACGUGCCAGCACGAGAUCGACGCCUGCUACGGCUCUCCAUGUGCUAACGGUGUCUGCCAAGUGCUAGAGGAGGGACGGUUCCACUGCGCCUGCCUACCUGGCUACACGGGCAUCAGAUGCGAGGUGAACAUCGACGACUGCGCAACACACCGUUGUCAGAACAACGCAACUUGUGUGGACCACCUGGAAGGGUACUCCUGCAAGUGCGCACCUGGAUUUAUGGGAGAAUUCUGCGAGAAGAAGAUCCCGUACUGUACGCCGGAGUUCAACCCUUGUGCAAACGGCGCAGUGUGUACAGACCAUCACAGCCAUUACACGUGCACGUGCCCGAAAGGGUACUCUGGGCAGAAUUGCACGGUUAACGCCGACGAUUGCAUUAACCACAUGUGCCAGAACGGCGCCACGUGCGUGGACGGGCUGGACGAGUACCGCUGCGCGUGCGGCGCGGGCUACGCGGGCCGCUACUGCGAGGCGGCGCCGCACGCCGCGCUGGGCACGUCGCCGUGCGCGCACCACGACUGCGUGCACGGCGUCUGCUACCUUCCCGCCACAGGCCUGGCGCUGCAAGACGACAUUAUGAUGGAGCGGCCGCUGCUCGCCGCCGCCAACGACUAUCUGUGCAAGUGUGCGCCUGGAUACUCAGGCCGCCUCUGCGAAUACCUCACGUCACUCACGUUCAACCACAACGACUCACUGGUCGAGCUUGAGCCACUCCGCACCGUACCACAAGCUAAUGUUACACUUGUAUUCAGCACCACGCAACAGCACGGCGUUCUGAUGUAUUUCGGGGAAAGCGAACAUCUCGCCGUGGAGCUUUUCAACGGCCGCAUCCGCAUCAGCUACGAUGUGGGAAACCAUCCCACAUCUACCAUGUACAGUUUCGAAAUGGUAUCCGACGGUUCCUACCACAAAGCAGAGCUUAUAGCCAUAAAAAAGAACUUCACUCUCCGCGUGGACGACGGCCCAGCCCGAUCUAUAAUCAACGAGGGGGUCCACGAGUAUUUGAGACUCGACAGGCCCAUGUUCAUCGGUGGCGUGCCCGAGGAGACUGCGAGAGACGCCUUUGCUAAGUGGCACUUGAGGAAUAUCACUAGCUUCAAAGGCUGCCUGCGCUCGGCGUGGGUGAACCACAAGCGCGUGGACUUCGUGAACGCGGCGCGCACGCAGCGCACGGCCGCGGGCUGCGGCGAGGACGAGCCCCCCGCGCCCCCGCUCUCCUCCGCGCUGCAGGAGGACGGCGGCCACUACCAGGACCCGUGUGUGCCGAACCCGUGCGCGCGCGGCGGCCGCUGCGUGCGCGAGGAAGGCUCCUCUUCCGACUACACCUGCAAGUGUCCUCCUGGCACUGCUGGAGCGCAGUGCGAGCUCAGGGCUUCUAUCGGAGGUGCACCAGUGAUCCAGAACAAGAAGAUACAGCCUCGUAAACCAGCUAUCAGUAACGUGCAAGCUUCGCCUGCUGCGCCCGCCCACAAGCAGCACUUCGCUGAACACUCUCCCGCGCAGCCGACACCCGCUAAUCCUGGAUGCAAAAAGGAGGCCACACGCGAGUUCGUGACGGAAGGCUCGUGCCGCAGCCGGCGUGCGGUGCGGGGGGCGAGGUGCGCCGCCACCAGGAACGGCUGCCCCAAGGCCAACUGCUGCACGGCAAGGAAGACCAAGAAGAGAAAGAUUCGCCUGGUGUGCUCGGACGGCACCCGCUACACCAAAGACGUGGAGAUCGUGCGCAAGUGCGCCUGCGGCAAAAAGUGCGCGCGCGCACAGGGCAGCUUGUUCCUGCAUUGAGGGGUGAUGGAGAGACUCAUGCCGUGGGGGGUGGUAAGGUUAUACAGUAUUACCAAAGUAAUCAAUAUGCGACAGACUAGAGCAAAUACAAAACAACUGUAGAUUCAUGAUCGUAAGUGGCGCCACUAACCAUUGUGAUUGUUGACAUGUCAAUGUCACUUGGCUGUCAAACGUCGCCAGUUUUUGACUGACUCUCAGUAUUUUGUUCAUAUUAUUUAAAAUUAUUCCAAAACCUACCAAUAGAUGGCGCUCAAAAUUACUUGCACGUUAAGAUUAGCAAACAAAACGUCUGGAAUACGUAAAAAAUGAGGCAAUUUUUUAUGCCAUCUUUCACCCUCCACCGGAAUAAACACCAGCUUCAAUAUCGAAAACUGCCUAAAUAUCUCAAAUAAAUAAUAAGUCAACCAAUAUUAAAACAAAUAACGUAAGUUUCAACUAGGUACUCAAUAAACGAAUGUAUAGUUUCUUGCACAGAUAGUGUAGUAUUUAUAAUACCUCUUAUCGCCACAAGAUGGCGUUGAUAGUUUGUUAAAUGGAACCGUCGUUUUAGGAACCGCCAUUAACUUGUUUAAAAAAAAUUCAAAGCUCGGAACGGCCGUAGACAAUAAAUUAUUGGAAAUUAAAAAAAAGACAUUUUGAAACAUUUUUUAGCCAUAUUGAAAAACAUUAUAAGCGUCUUUACAUCUUUUCAUAGUAGCUUAAGGUUUGUAGUUGUUUUGCUUUAGUGUAAUGUCAUGUAUCUGACCUAUUACAGUCCACUGCUGUUUCUGUAGCCCCUAUUUGAGAUUAGGACAACAGUCACCAUCAGUUAGUCCUUUUCUAUGACAGCUACGCACGUCAUUUGUGACAUUAAACUAAAGACACAGUAGACCACUAUUAACGAAUUUAAUCGAUCGAUUGUAAGGUUUACACAAGUGUAGUAGCGGCCUAAUAUUGUUAGGGUCGACACCCAUUUAGACUGCACGUACGGCACAGUGUAACAGAUGAUAUUACGCAAAGACUAUUGUUGAUAUUUAAACUUUUUUUUUGUCUUCGGUUUAUAACCAUUGCUGUUGGUGGUUAGUUGAGUGUUAAAAAUACCUCUAAAAAUAACUCUACCUCUAAGACAGUUAGUUUAAGAUUUCGUUGAAAGUUAAAUUCGUUUAAAAACAAUGUGCAAUGUAAACUCGU